GUCUCCUCAACCCUUUAAAUUUACCCACAGAGCGUUCUGAUAAAGGUACCACAAAGAUUUCCCGCAAAAAGGAAUAUAUAUCUUACCUGGAAUUUUAAGAGAUCAAUCAUGAAAGAAAACUGCUUUGCCAUCGAUAUUCUGCUGUUGUGCAUAUCUUGCGGAGCAAGUGCAUUGGCAGCGUUCAAUCCCACAAUAUCCUCAUCGUUGCCAGCGACCAAUUUCACUGAUAUUGGCUCAGCGCCUCCAAAUAUCCGAAACGAGGCGGUGAACUUUCCCAAAACUCGACGGAAGCGUUACAUCUCCCAAAACGACAUGCUUGCAAUUCUUGAUUACCAUAAUAAAGUGAGAGGAAAAGUUUUCCCCCCGGCUUCGAACAUGGAAUACAUGGUGUGGGACGAAACUCUUGCCAAAACAGCUGAGGACUGGGCAGCUACAUGUCUCUGGGAGCAUGGACCACGUAAUCUUCUGAGGUUCCUCGGCCAGAAUCUCUCGGUUAGGAGUGGACGAUACAGAUCCAUUCUUCAACUGGUAAAACCAUGGUAUGAUGAGGUGAAAGACUAUGCAUUUCCAUAUCCUCGUGAUUGCAACCCCAGGUGUCCACUUAAGUGCUAUGGAGCCAUGUGUACACAUUAUACCCAAAUGGUAUGGGCAACGUCAAAUAAAGUUGGAUGCGCUAUCCAUACAUGUCACAAUAUGAAUGUAUGGGGCUCAGUAUGGAAAAGGGCUACAUACUUGGUGUGCAACUAUUCCCCAAAGGGGAACUGGAUUGGAGAAGCUCCAUAUAAAGUAGGUGUACCUUGUUCCAUGUGUCCUCCCAGCUAUGGAGGAUCCUGCAGCAACAACAUGUGCUUUCCUGCUGUGAACUCAAACUAUCUGCACUGGUUCAAAUAAACAUG